AUCACCGGAAUAUAUCCCGGACAGGGGCUUAAAGUGAUUUUGCAACUUUAUACCCCAAACCUCACGAGCUACUGAAAAAAACAAGAGGAAAAGAAACGGGAGAAAUACUGGGAGAAGAAGUGACUUUUUCUGCUUUUUAAAAAAAAAAACUAUUUACAGAGAGAAUUUCAUUUUAAAGGGAUCACUUGAGAUUUCAAGAUGAUGCUGUGUGGCAUCGUUUUGCUGUUGAUGCUUUGGAGUUGUGAGAGCGCGAGGUUGGCAGAGAGUCGGGAUGAUAACAGUGUUUAUGACUUAUUCGAUCUGGCCCGGGUAAACAAGAGACAUCAUGGAGUGAGUCUGGUCAAAGGCGCAGAUCCUUACAGCCCUGCAUACAAAGUCCUGAACGCAGACCUGAUCCCCCCGGUCCCCGACAGCUCCCUCCGGGACCUCCUUGACUCUAUCCAGACUGAGAGGGGCUUUCUCCUCCUCGUCAACCUGAAGCAGUUCAAGAAAACCAGGGGCAGUCUUUUGACCAUCGAGAAAAAUGACGGAUCUGGACCAAUUUUCGAGAUAAUUUCCAACGGGAAGGCGAACACUCUGGAUGUCUUCUUCUCCACCUCUGACCAGCAGCAGCUGGUGUCCAUUGAGGAUGCGGAUUUGGCCUCAGGGCACUGGAAGAACAUCACUUUGUUCGUUCAGGACGACCGAGUGCAACUUUAUGUCGGCUGUGAGGAGAUCAAUGUGUCUGAGCUUGAUGUGCCAAUCCAAAGAGUGCUGUCUCAGGAGGUGGCUGACAUUGCCAGGCUCAGGAUUGGAAAAGGAGCAACAAAGGACAAAUUCAUGGGGGUUCUUCAAAAUGUGCGCUUUGUAUUUGGGACAACCCUUGACGCCAUACUGAGAAAUAAGGGAUGCCAGAGUGGAGCUGCCUUAACUGAUGUCAUGACCCUUGACAACCCAGUCAAUGGCUCCAGUCCUGCCAUUAGGACUGAUUACACCGGCCACAAAACCAAAGAUCUGCAGUCUGUCUGCGGCUUCUCUUGUGAGGACCUCGCCGGCAUGUUUAAAGAGCUCAAGGGACUCGGUGUGGUUGUUAAAAAGCUGUCCAAUGAGCUGCGCAAAGUGUCUGAGGACAGUACUCUGCUGAAAAAUCAAAUGAAUGUCUACAAUGGCAUCUGCAUUCACAACGGCAUAGUGCACAAAGACCAAGAUGAGUGGACCGUGGACGGCUGCACCGAGUGCACCUGCCAAAACUCUGCUACUGUGUGUCGCAAAAUCUCCUGCCCUCUGAUCCCGUGUGCUAAUGCCACCGUGCCUGAUGGAGAAUGCUGCCCUCGCUGUGGAACACCGAGUGAUUAUGCAGAGGAUGGCUGGUCCCCUUGGUCUGAAUGGACCCCUUGUUCUGUGACAUGUGGUCGUGGCAUCCAGCAGCGUGGACGUUCUUGUGAUCGCAUCAACAGCAACUGUGAGGGCACCUCUGUCCAGACCCGUGACUGCUACCCCCAGGAAUGCGACAAACGCUUCAAACAGGAUGGUGGUUGGAGCCACUGGUCUCCAUGGUCUUCAUGCUCUGUGACCUGCGGUGAGGGGGUCAUCACCCGGAUACGCCUCUGCAACUCUCCAACACCCCAAAUGGGUGGUAUGGACUGCCAAGGACAGGGACGUCAAACUGAAAUCUGCCAAAAGUCGCCUUGUCCUAUCAAUGGAGGUUGGGGACCCUGGUCACCCUGGGACAGCUGCACUGUUACCUGUGGUGGUGGAAUCCAGACCCGCACACGUCUCUGUUCAGACCCUGUUCCCAAAUAUGGAGGAAAAGAUUGUGUUGGUGAUGCAAAUGUGUCUCAAGUGUGCAACAAGCAGGACUGCCCUAUUGAUGGUUGUCUCUCCAGCCCAUGCUUCCUUGGCACAAGAUGCACAAGCUUCCCAGAUGGCUCUUUCAGGUGUGGCAAGUGUCCACUUGGAUACACUGGAAAUGGCAUCACUUGCAAAGACAUUGAUGAGUGCACAGAGGUCCUUGAUGCUUGCCAUACACACAAUGGAGUCCAUCGUUGUGAGAACACAGAGCCCGGUUACAACUGUUUGCCCUGCCCUGCGCGUUUCUCCGGCCCUCAGCCUUUUGGCAGAGGAGUGGAACAGGCAACUGCUAAAAAACAGGUUUGUAAACCCCGUAACCCUUGCCAGGAUGGUAGCCACGACUGCCAUAAGAAUGCAAACUGUAUCUACUUGGGCGUCUACUCUGAGUCCAUGUUCCGCUGUGAGUGCAAGCCAGGUUAUGCUGGGAAUGGCCGUAUUUGCGGAGAGGACACUGAUCUUGACGGAUGGCCAAACACUAACCUGGUGUGUGUGGAGAACGCCACCUACCACUGCAAAAAGGAUAACUGCCCCAACCUUCCCAACUCUGGCCAGGAAGACCAUGACAAAGAUGGCCUGGGUGAUGAAUGUGACAGUGAUGAUGACAAUGAUGGGAUCCCCGAUGAUAGGGACAACUGCCCAAGAGUGUACAACCCUGCCCAGUAUGACACAGACAGGGAUGAUGUUGGCGACCGCUGUGAUAACUGUGUGUAUGAGGUGAACCCAGACCAAACUGACACUGACAACAAUGGAGAGGGAGAUGCCUGUGCUGUGGACAUUGAUGGGGAUGGCAUUCUGAACGAAAACGACAACUGUCCAUAUGUUUACAAUGUGGACCAGAGGGACACUGACAGGGAUGGUGUGGGCGACCAUUGUGACAACUGCCCUCUGGAGCACAACCCUGAUCAGGUUGACUCAGACUCAGAUCUCAUUGGAGACAAGUGUGACAACAACCAGGACAUUGACGAGGACGGUCACCAGAACAACUUGGACAAUUGCCCUUACAUCCCCAACGCCAACCAGGCUGACCAUGACAAAGAUGGCAAGGGUGACGCCUGUGACCAUGAUGAUGACAACGACGGCAUUCCUGACGACAAAGACAACUGUAGACUGGCCUUUAACCCAGAUCAAGUGGACUCUGAUGGUGAUGGCCGUGGUGAUGUGUGCAAAGACGAUUUUGACCAAGACAACGUUCUUGACAUCUAUGAUGUGUGUCCCGAGAACUUUGCCAUCAGUGAAACAGACUUCCGCAGAUUCCAAAUGGUUCCUCUGGACCCCAAGGGCACCUCCCAAAUUGACCCCAACUGGGUGGUGAGGCAUCAGGGCAAGGAGUUGGUACAGACUGUCAACUGUGAUCCUGGCAUUGCUGUUGGUUAUGACGAGUUCAGCGCAGUCGAUUUCAGUGGGACAUUCUUCAUCAACACGGACAGAGAUGACGACUAUGCCGGAUUUGUGUUUGGCUACCAGUCCAGCUCACGCUUCUACACAGUCAUGUGGAAACAAGUCACACAAACUUACUGGUCUCACACACCCACAAAAGCUCAGGGCUACUCUGGCCUGUCAAUCAAAGUGGUCAACUCCACCACUGGGCCUGGCGAGCACCUGAGAAAUGCCCUGUGGCAUACCGGAGACACAGCAGGACAGGUACGCACUCUGUGGUAUGACCCUAAGAAGAUUGGCUGGAAGGACUUUACUGCCUACAGAUGGCAUCUAAUCCACAGACCUAAAACUGGACUGAUUAGAGUGGUCAUGUAUGAAGGCAAGAGAAUCAUGGCCGAUUCUGGAAACAUCUUUGACAAAACAUAUGCAGGUGGACGACUUGGCUUGUACGUCUUCUCUCAGGAGAUGGUUUACUUCUCAGACCUCAAAUAUGAAUGCAGAGAUACAUAAAUGGACCACAGAGACUUCCAGACAGAAUCUGCCUGUCAGUAUGAGUAUUUAAUAAAAGGAACUGGACCAAUAUCUCUUUAACUUUUUCUGUUGAAAAAAUGCACAUUGGAGGAAUGAUGAGCAGGAGAGCUGACCUCUGGACUUUGAAAGCCAAAUGAUGAUUCUGCACCACUGCACCAAAUUCAAAUAGUGAGUGCAGCUCUGCUCAGAAGAACGUGGCCCUCUCACGUUGCCGUUCUGAAAUGCAUUGAAAAGGGGCCAAAUUGUAUUGCUUUGCACACCUGAACUGUUGUUGGGAUUCCUCUAUGGAUGAGGGACAAAAGGAAAGAGUGUUCCAUGUUUUUUUUUUCUAUUCCUAUUUUUGAGCAUUAAUAUACAUCUGCUGUGGACUCAAAGAUACUUGUGUCAGUAUGAAGAAGGUAUGGGAGAACUUUUAUAGGCAGGGUAAUUAUACCCUUUGAAGGAACUGUUGAGGGACCAUGUAUGGACUGACUGUUACUAUCAAAGAGAGUGAAUGAGUUUGUGUGUAUGCGCAUGUGUGCCACCCAACAAGCAUUUUUAUGAAGCCAACCAUGUCAAUUUUUUUUUUUUUUUUUAAUUUGGUUUCUUUAAAAAUACUGCUCACCCUACUUCAGUGCAGACCUGGAAAUACAAGGUCCUGUACUUAGCCAAGGCUUAGGGCUGGCCCAGAACAUUCGUCUUCUCAGGAAAAGAGCACUAAAGGAAACAAGGAGAGCACAAAUUCAGGACAGCACAGGGGCCCAAAGCAGUGAACACUGAAUACUGCUUUGAAAUAGUAAUUCUUAGCAAAUAUUAUGUACAUAUCUCCAAUCAUGACGGGACAGCUUCAAGGGACGUAAAGAGCAUGGGCCAGUCUAUUUCCUGCCAUGAGUAAACCUAUGUUAGUAUGGCUGUCUGUAUUUACGUACUCAUCAUAGAGGCUUUAAUUGUUGUGCAUCUCAGUAUCUUGCCAGCUUAAAAUGUUGUUAGCAAUCUAUUACAUGUAUCCCCCUAUGGUAAGAUAUGGCAUUAUAUUUUACCGAAACAGUAAAAAAAAGUGAAACUAUAGGCAUUACUUACAGUAACUCUAAAUAUUCUGCUUCUGCAGUGUGUAUGACUAGUGUGCCUGAGCUUGUGUGUACAUUUUCUGACGAGGGAAAAUUAAAAGAAAUCCCUUUAUGUACAAAUAUUACCUCAUUGAUUCUCUUUUGUAUUGAGGCCAGCAAUACACAAGAAUCAAUUGUCUUAGCAAUAGAGUAUAAAUUGGUUGGCUUCUUUUUGUACGCAAGACUUUGUAAUCAUUUAUAUGCUGUAUAUAAGAUAUUUUUGUAGUGAAAGAAGCCCGAACAGGAACGUAAAGGAUUUAAAAGAAAUUAUGUCUUGACUGUGCUGUGCUAUAUGUAUUUCCUGUGCUUUUUUUUUGAUAAAUUAUUGUUUGUUUCAUGUUGAGUUUAUUUCAUUUGUGUAGAUAUAUGCUAUUUAAAUAAUUUAUCUAGAAGCGUAGCCUUAUAUGGAAGCGUUUCUUGUCUGUAUAAACUUAUUUGCACACUGACAUGAGGAUGCCUUUAUUUUGUUUUUUGUAUGUGUUUUUUUUAAUAAUUGGUGAAACUUUUCUAUAAACUUUGUACUAUAGUUUCUACCCAAAGUGCUGUUUAUACUCCUUCCUGAUAUGUUGUAAUGUCAAGUGAACAAUAAACACUUCAGGAAAUAAAAUA